UUUAUAUUAUCGCGAGAACGUUUUCGCGGAUUUUUUUUCAAUGUUUGAAGCGGCCUAAUGGAGCUCUUUUGUGCCAAAGGGUAAGAAACAUAUACUUAGUAACACGUAAAUAAAAACAUAAUUAGCAUAUUAUUAUCGUCUGCUUUGUUAUUGUUCGUCAACUUGGCAACAUGAACACGGAGAAGAAACGGGGACAGAAUUGGGGGGUUGAUGAAGAGGUCGCUCUCAUCGAAGAGGUAAAAUUGAGAGCCAAUACGUUGUUCGGAUCGUUCAAAGGGAGCGGUGCAGUAAAGGGGAAAUUAAUAAAAGAAAAGGAGUGGCAGACAAUUGCCGAUAAACUCAGUUCAAGAUUUGACACUAGAAAACGGACCUGGGAGGAAGCAAAGAAGAAGUAUUACAACGUUAAAUCAAGAAGCAAGGAAAAGUUGGACAGCAUUAAAAGGCCAAAGACGGGAGGGGGACCUCCACUUCCCCCAUUGACACAAGGGGAGAAGACUUUCCUCCGCCUUUCUGAAGCAGAGCCAAACAUCCAUGGCCUAGAGGGAGGGGUUGACACAGAUGGUAUAUUUUUUUCCCUUAUUUUGAAGGAAAAGUUUUGGAACUGCCAUAUAUAUGAAGUCAAUUUUGCAUCUAAAAUCUAACAGUGCCUAUUUGGUAAUUAAAACAAAAAGUAUACAUUAUUUACAUGAAUUUAUUUAUAAUGGUAACUGCAUAUGUUUUUUGUUAACUUUUGCAGCUCCAACAAUCAGAUCAGUUCCGUCAACUGGUACAUGUACCACAUCAUCAGAACCAGAAGCAUCAACUGCUG